UUAUUUUAAAAUAAUUGGAGGGUAGAACUGCCAACUGGGUUUGUGCCUGCCCUGUAUUUGCUCCUUUGGUCCAGUCUGUCCUUCCUACAUGUGCAGCUCUGUGUCUGCUUGUGCUCAGUUCUACACCCAUUAUGUUACCACCGUGUGGCCAGACCUAGGCCCACCAUGCCCCCACUAUGUAGCCAGUCUUAUGCCCACAUUGUCCCCACUGUGCCCCAUCCCGUAAUUGCUACUCGGCUGGCCCUGUAGCCACUGUGACCUAGCCCUGUGCCUGGCACUCUGGUCCCCUUACGGCCAAGGUGAAGCUGACACAAUGGGAUAAGAACUAGAACAUUCUGAUUUGAGGAUUCUGAACAGGGGUCCCACCCCCACCCCUACCACGCUGUCCCUACCCCUAUGGGAUAUUGGUGCUGGGCUUCAGGGACAUGUGGCUCUGGGGAGGGGGUUCUAUGAGGCACAGGCAGAGGAGAACCAUCUGGAGCAACAGAGAUUGCCAAGGAGCUACUGUCCCUGGAGCGGGAGCUGGGGAAUACAGGGGAGGAGAGCUUGGGCCUGAGCCCGAGCCCCUCAUUUUCUUCUUCUGUCUCCCAACUAAAUGAUAAAUAGACCCCACCACCACCCUUCAACAGAGCUGCGGGCUUCCUCAGAGUCUCCUCUGCCUACCUUUCUCCCUGGGUGUGCACUGGUCCCCCAAGGCACUGUUCCCACUCUAGGGCUGCCCUUGGCAGAGUAGUCACACUGCCAGUAAGGGGAGAACAAGCUGACCUGCGGCCAACUAACUUCACUGGGCUCCCUGGGACUCUCUGCUUUCCAAGGUCUCCUGAGAAGGCCUCCUUUCCUCAGGGGGUGGGGCCCCUGGUUUCCCACACUCUGUCACCACCCCCAGGUCACUGGGGGCUAUGAUGUGUGGGGUUGCCAUGGCAGUGAAGUGGGGGCAGGGCACCUAGGGCAUGGAGCAGGACUAUGGAAGCCACCAAGAAGGUGGGGGGCCCUGAUCCAUCGGGCCCCCAGGGCCACCCCUUGGUCAGCAGCCAGCAUCUGGGGGGUAGUCUCAGAAGGUCCCAGGGACCAUGGGUAAGCCUAGGAUCUCUAUACUUCAAGCAGGGUUUGUCACUGUCUAACGAGACUGUCACUGAAGGGGCCUGUGGCCCCAUCUCCCAGGCCCACUUCCCUGAGCCCAUUCACCAGCUACUCCAGGACUCUGUGCAGGUCGGCUCCCAACGUGACAGUGAGCAGGCUUCCCAGGAUGCCUCGAGACUCUCUUCCACCAACCCGUUUCCGAGUCCCAUCAUGGGAGCCCAACAGCAUCUCAACAUGGAGGAAGGGACCCUGUUACCUGUGUGCAGGCACAGUGGCAGCACCAGUGACGUGGCCCAGCAUGAACCCUGCGGCCCCCGACUUCAGGUGCAGAUUGGGAGGGAGGUCAAGGCUCCUGCCAAAGUCCUGGUGGGCUGGGGCAAAGGGCCCUGCAACCCUGACCAGAUGGCCCCCAUGGUCACCAGGAAGAAUCGGUGGCUGCCCUAUUUCCUCUCAGCAGAGGAUGGUCUAGUCGAAAGCCAACGUCCUCUUCUGGCUCCAGCUCAGGCUCUAGCUCAAGAUCAGGGCCAGGGCAAGCAGCCAGGUCCAGCUCAGGCUCCUACCCUGUCUAAAACUUCUUUUCUGUCACUGGCUCCUCCGGUGACUCCAGCGGCUCCAGCUCAGGUGACCACUCCAGCUCUGGAUGUGACCCCGACGCCCGCUACAGCUGAACCUCGCACCCUUGAACCCCUGAAUGAAACCAGUGCGGUCACCAAGGGCCUGUCUCAAGACCUCCUCCUCAGGAGGUGUGGCAACCAAUGGUCAGUCCUCGUGGAGUCUUCCAAAGUGGUCACAUCUUGCCAGGACAAAGUGAAUUUUCACUCUAAAGAGGAGACUUCCACCGUGACACCUACUCAAGAAACAUUUGUGGAGCAUGUCCAGGAGUGUGAGUGUGAGGUUGUCAGAAGGCAGGUGACACCCGAACCACCUGAGAAGUUGGUGGAGAAGCCCCCGGUCUACACCUCUAGGCCUGGCAGCCCAACACCAACUGCAAAGGCCCCAGAAACCCCCAAGACCCAGAAGAGUAGCCAGGAGAUCUGCAGCUCUCAGCCAGAGAAGCAGCCACCUAAUAUCUGCAGCAAGACCUGCACCAGUGUGCCGCUGUCUGCCUACCAGGUCACCUGCCACAAGCAGCCUCCACCCCAGUUUCCCAGAGAAGCCAUUCAGAUCCCUGCCUCCAGUGCCCCCACCUGCCAGCUCCGAGAAGCUGUGGAAGACCGUGUGCUGGUGUUUGAUAUGGCCACAGGCAACACCAGGAUAGGGCUGCUAUGCCAUGACCCUAUGGGCUCCCGGGCAGUGCUGGUGGGCCUCAUGCCCAGCCCUCCAUCCAUCUAUGCUUCUGACACUUUGCUGUCUACCCGGCCACUGGCCAGGCCCAUUCUCUCCCCUGACAGCAAUCACUCCAACUUCUGGUCCACCACGCCCAUGCUAUCCAGCCCUGUGCCCUCCAGCCUCUCAUCUGGUAGUUACCGAGAGGUAGCCCUGGUUCCCAAGGAAGCCAGGCUCAACCUGGAGUCACGGAACUCCACUGGUUCUGAGUCACCCAUCAGAGUUGGGAUGCUCGCUGGGCCUGUUCCCCUUGGGAUGCCGCUCCAAUUUGGUGAGAGGAUACUGACACAUGUUCCCGACCCUGGCUGGGCCAAACCUGAUCCUGAAAAAAAUGAACCUAGUCGCACCAUCUGGAUGCUGGACUCCUCCAGGGUGCCAGAUGCCCCCAUGAUCCAGGCCAAGAAACUACAGUGGAUGAAUUCAGAGUCUGCUUCAACAACCAAUGCACAGCCGGCACCUGGCUCUCUGCUCCAGGAGGAUUUAUCCAGCCAGAAACAGAAAGAGGUCGUUACUGCUCACCCUGAUAGCUCUCACCCCAAAGAUGCUGGGCAGGUCUCUCUUUCUGGUCAGACUUUCCUCAGUGGGCAGACCCUGCUUGCUGGACAGACACCGCUAACUGGCAAGCCCUCGGGCACCAAGCAGGACGCCCCUCCCGGCCUGCUCCCUCUCACUGGGCAGAUCCCUCUUGCCACAGAGCUUUCCCUCACUGGGCAGGUGCCCCUCACUGCGAAGCCCCUCAUCGUCAAAGAGCCCCCCCUCUCAAGAGGGCCCCCCACCACUGGGGGUCCUGGCCAGCCCUCUGCCCAGGAAGGUGAGCCCUUGGACCUGCCUGCCCAUGUUGGGGUGCUUCGGGUGCCCCUGGCCCCCGAGGAGACCUGUAUCUAUGUGAGCAGAGACAAGGCUGGCAUCAGCAGCACCCAAAGCACCAGCAUGCAUCGGCUCUCAUCCUGGCAAUCUGGCAACUCCCGUGGGGCGCAGGAGGAGCAGCUUUCCUUAAUCACGUUUACCACACCUGGCAAGGUCUUGCCCAUGGCCAUAGUGGAUGCUGAGCCCCAGAACGCCCGGUUCAAGCUGACACCAGAGGACAUUACACACUCAUCCAUGGUCACACACCUCGGCCUGCUCCAUGGCGCCUGCUAUGAGCUGGUGUCCACCAUGGACGCAGUACCAGUGCAGUCACCAGUGCUCUGCCGCCACUCACUGGGCCCCUACCAAAACAUGGCGGCUGUGGUGAUUGACACAGGCACAGGAUUCACUAAAUGUGGACUGGCUGGGGAGGAUCACGUUCUCAACGUGGUCCCUUCCCGAGUCCAGCUGCUGCAGCACCCGGUCCAGGGCCAGCCCCGGUACGCAGUACCCGAAAACCAAGAGGGCUCCUACCCGAUGCUGAACAGAGGGGUGGUCUCUGACUGGGAUGCGCUGGAGGUGCUGUGGCAGCACCUGUUCUACUGCAGGCUGGGCGUGCAGCCCGAGGAGCUGGCCGUGCUCGUGGCCGACUCGCCCAUCUCACCACGGACCAAUCGAGAGAAGGUGGCCGAGAUCCUGUUUGAGCGCUUCCGAGUGCCAGCCAUGCAGACUGUGCACCAGGCCCUACUGGCGCUCUAUGCUUACGGGCGCACCACCGGGCUGGUGCUGGGCAGUGGCCAUGGCACUUCGUAUGUGGCGCCCAUCCUCACUGGGGACCUGGCCCCACUGGAUACCUACCGGCUAGAUGUGGCCGGCGGGGACCUCACUGACUAUCUGGCUCAGCUGCUGCUGGCCACUGGCCACUCACCACCUAAGGCAGGGCUGGUCAACCAGAUUAAAGAGGCCUGCUGCUACGUGGCCAUGGAUAUGACGGCCGAGAUGGCCCGUACCCAGGCCCAGGCCCGAGUGGACUUUGUGCUCCCGGAUAAGCAGGUUAUCACGCUGGGCUCCGAGCGAUUCUGCUGCCCUGAGGCCCUCUUCCAGCCUAAUCUGCUGGGCCUCAACCAGCCCGGCCUCCCGCAGUUGGCCCUGCUAAGCAUCAGCCGGCUGGAGGCCAAGCAGCAAGAGCAGCUGCUGGCCAAUGUGGUGCUGGAUGGAGGCAGCACCCUGCUGACGGGCUUCCCUGAGCGCCUGAAACAGGAGCUGGGCCCCAGUGCCACUGUGCUGAGUUCUCCCCACCGUGCAGUGGCCGCCUGGCUUGGGGGCUCCAUCAUGGCGUGUCGGGAGUCCUUCCAGAGCCUGUGGCUCAGCCGUCGUGAGUACGAGGAAGAAGGCCCAUGGGCUAUCUACAAGUACCAGCUGUAAGCACAUAAAAGUUCUGGUUCUGCUUGCA